UAAAAUAAAUAAAGCUGCAACGGUAACCAGAGAAAGCCACGUGCACAUCGGCUGCUUAAUCUGGCUUGUAACAUUAACUCCAACGGUUACAUUCUUCUUCUCCUUCCCUUUCCCUUUUCCUCUCCAGGCUCCAACCAACAAACAACACACUCGCUGAGUAUUCUCUCUCUCUCUCUCUAAUGGAGGCUGCUCAGAUCGACUGGAACCGAAUCGAUUCUCGAUUUGUGGAAGACGUCUUCUACGAACACCUCCGAGCUACCAAAUGGUUCGACUUCUUGUCCCCUAACAACCAUUUACAAGACUCCAUUGACGACGAGUGGUUCUGCAAACCUGACUGCAAUCAUCCCAAGAGACCCGAGGACUUCCUCCUCCUAACGCCUAACUCUUCCAAGCAGACUCCAGGAGUUACAGAGCAGAAUCAGAGGAUAAGAGGACAUGCUUUAUCAGAAGACAGUGAAAAUCAGAAUCCAAACUUAGCCACGCCUCCUCCAAGCCAACAAGGAAAUCAAUCAUGGAGAGCAGCACUUAAAUCAACUUCCGUCAAGAAGAUGAAUAAAGAGACACCGAAGAAGCUAAAGAGCACACAAUCAGCUAGGAAUCUGGACAUACUAGGCCAUAUCUCAGAGUUCUGUUAUGAGUUGAAGAGAUUGGCCACAAGGGGGGUAACUGAGAGAGAAGAGACUACUGUGAAGCCUCAAGUGAAGGAGGCUCAUGAUCAUCAAGUUCAUGACUUGGAAUUGAAGAAGGAAAGGAAGCCGUUGCUCGAGGUAAUCAAAGACAAAGAUAAGGUCCAUGAAUCAACGGAUGCUAAAGGAAGCACCAUUAAAGAGAGUCGUAGAAGAAAGAAGAGAGUGGAUGAUGCGGAGAACAUACCUGUCUCUCUUAAUGUGGAAGUAAAGAUGAAAGGAGAGGAGUGUAGAAGAAAGAAGAAGCCUGUCGUUGAUGCAGAGAACAUACCUCCUCUAAAACUGGGGAAUGUAAAGAACAAAGGACAUGAGCGGUUACUGCAGCAAAUAAGAACAAACCCACCAUCACCUCAAUGCUUCUCAGAGAACCGGACAGCCUCUCUAAAGGCCUUGAUGACCAAAUCUGCGGAAUAAGGAGAAAGAAGAGAAGAGCAGAGACAUCAUCAACAAGGAAGGAGGAAGCCUAAGGGGCUUGGACGUUCUCUGGUUCUUGAAGCCUUGCACAAUGGCCAACUAAAACAUUUUCACCAAUUCUUUUCUUUCUAUAAUAAUUGAUUCAUUCUUUUUUGUUAAUUUUUCACUAUAUUCAACUGUAACUAACCAGAUGAUGAUCAGGAA